GAAGAGUGAGCGUAAGUUUUCCUUUUAUUACAAGAUAAGAAUAUAAGGUCGUGAAACAAAAACCAUAACAAUAGGUUUGCUGAACUCUAUACACAGCAACUAAAGUGAAGAGUAUUCAAAGAUCGAUUUCUUCAUUGACUUCAUUGAUUUCUUGAAAUCACAAAUUAUCCAUGUCUUCCUCACCAAGUUUAUUUUCUGAUGAAAAUUUAUGCAACGUUGAUUGGGAUGCUGAUCUUGAUGGCAUGAAAUUCUCCAAGUAUACCAGUCGUCAUUGGGAUGAUCACGAAUAUAAUUCUAACAUAUUCAGAAAUCACGACGUGUUCUUGGGUUUCAGAGGAGAAGACACUCGUGCAUCUUUCACUUCACAUCUCUCCGCCUCUCUUCAAAACGCCGGAAUUAUGGUUUUCAAGGACGAUCAAUCGCUCCAAAGAGGAGAUCACAUCUCAUCGGCAUUACUUCGAGGAAUCUACGGUUCUAGAAUUUCUAUUAUCGUGUUCUCGGUAAACUACGCUGGUUCGCGAUGGUGUCUUCAAGAGUUGGUUAGAAUAAUGGAGUGUAAACGAAAUGUUGACCACGUGGUACUGCCUGUGUUCUAUGGUGUAGAUCCGUCGGAAGUUCGACGUCAAACCGGUGAGUUUGGAAAAGCUUUUGGAAACAGCACUUUUGAAUUGGACAAUUUCAUGAAGCAAAGUUGGAGAGAUGCACUUCAUGAUGCUGGUGGCCUUGCAGGAUUUGUUGUCCAAAAUUACAGGAAUGAAAAUGAGGUUAUCAAGGAUAUUGUUAAAAAUGUUACACACAUACUUGACAUAUCAGACUUGUUCAUUGUUGAUAAUCCGGUUGGAGUUGAAUCUCGAGUGCAAGAUAUGAUUCAACUUUUAGAAACUCGACAAUCAAAUGAUGUUAAACUACUAGGGAUAUGGGGGAUGGGUGGAAUCGGUAAAACCACCGUUGCAAAAGCCAUUUAUAAUAAAAUUGGCCGCGAUUUUGAAGGUAGAAGCUUUCUUGCAAAUAUUAGGGAGGUUUGGGAGGAAGUUCGUGGACAAUUGUGUUUACAGGAACAACUUAUGUACGAUAUUUUCAAAGAAACAACCAAGAUACAAAGCAUUGGAUCAGGAAAAUCUAUACUAAAGAGAAGAUUGUGUGAAAAAAGAGUAUUAGUUGUACUUGAUGAUGUGAAUGAACUGGACCAAGUAUAUGCUUUGUGUGGAAGUUGUAAAUGGUUUGCUCCGGGGAGUAGAAUAAUCAUCACAACCAGAGAUAAACAUAUAAUUAGAGGGGAUAGAGUUAACAAAAUAUACACAAUGAAAGAAAUGGAUGAAAGUGAAUCUCUUGAGCUUUUUAGUUGGCAUGCAUUCAAGCAAAUGAGUCCUAGAGAAGAUUUUUAUGAAAUUUCUAAAAAUGUAGUUAAGUAUUCAGGGGGGUUGCCGCUAGCUCUGGAAGUCCUCGGGUCUUAUUUGUUUGAUAGAGAGUUAUUAGAGUGGAUUUGUGUAUUGGAGAAACUCAAAAGAAUUCCCAAUGAUCAAGUACAUAAAAAGUUAAAAAUAAGCUAUGAUGGUUUAAAUGAUCAUACAGAGAAAGAGAUAUUCCUUGACAUAGCUUGCUUCUUUAUUGGGAUGGAUCGAAAUGAUGUUAUUCAUAUAUUAAAUGGCUGUGAACUUUUCGCAGAAAUUGGAGUACGCAUUCUUGUUGAGCGAAGCCUUGUAACUGUUGAUGAUAAGAACAAACUCGGAAUGCAUGAUUUACUGCGGGAUAUGGCAAGAGAAAUCAUUCGUAAGAAAUCACCAAAGAAGCCUGAGAAACGUAGCAGGUUGUGGUUUCACGAGGAUGUGUUCUAUGUAUUGUCAAAACAUAAUGGAAGAAAAGCUGUCGAGGGACUGGCUUUGAAGGUGCCAGGUCUUAGUACAAAACGUUUUAGUACCAAAGCAUUUAAAGACAUGGAAGAACUCAGAUUGCUUCAACUUUCUGGUGCACAACUUGAUGGAGAUUUUAAAUAUCUUUCAAGAAGUUUGAGAUGGCUGUACUGGAAUGGAUUUCCUUUAUCCUGCAUACCUUCAAAUUUCUACCAAAGAAAUUUAGUUUCCAUUGAGUUAGAAAACAGCAAUAUCAAACUUGUGUGGAAAGAGAUGCAGAGAAUGGAGAAGCUGAAAAUUCUUAAUCUUAGUCAUUCACAUUAUCUGACUCGGACCCCUGACUUUUCAAACUUACCUAAUCUUGAAAAGCUAAUACUCAAAGAUUGUCCAAGGCUCUCCGAGAUUUCUCAUAGCGUUGGACAUCUCAAAAAAGUUCUUCUGAUAAAUUUGAAAGACUGUAUUAGACUUUGUAACCUUCCAAGAAACAUCUAUACGUUGAAAUCUCUGAAAACUCUCAUUCUAUCUGGAUGUUUAAUGAUUGACAAGUUGGAAGAAGACUUGGAGCAGAUGGAAUCUCUAACCGCUCUGAUUGCAGAUAACACUGCUAUAACAAAAGUGCCCUUUUCCGUUGUAAGGUCAAAAAACAUUGGAUAUAUUUCUCUGUGUGGAUACAAAGGAUUCUCCCGUGACGUGUUUCCUUCUAUCAUUUGGUCUUGGAUGUCACCAACAAAUAAUCUCUCACCCAAUGACAUGUCAUCCCUUGUUUCAAUAAAUGCAUCAAAUAGUAUUUCCCACAAUCUAUCAUCUAUUUCCAAUGUCCUUCCUAAGCUUCAAAGCCUUUGGCUGGAGUGUGGAUCGGAUCUUCAACUAUCACAAGAUGCAACAAUAAUUUUGAAUGCUUUAAGUACAACAAGUUCUAAGGAAUUGGAAUCAACUGCAACUACAUCACAAGUACUAGAUGUGAAGACUUCUUCAUUAAUUGAAUGUCGCAGUCAAGUGCAAGUUUCAACAACAAAACAUUCCAUGAAUUCUCUUUUAAUUCAAAUGGGAAUGAGUUGCCUAAUCACCGAUCUUCUAAAAGACAGGAUCUUACAGAAUUUGACUGUUGGGGGGUGUGGUAGUUUUUUGCUCCCCGGUGAUAACUACCCAGAUUGGUUAACCUUCAACUCUGAAGGUUCUUCUGUAAUUUUUGAAGUCCCUCAAGUGGAAGAGCGUAACUUGAAGACAGUUAUGUGCAUUGUCCAUUCUUCAAGCCCAGAUGACAUUACAUCAUAUGGCCUUAAAACUGUGUUGGUGAUAAAUCGCACAAAGGCCACCAUUCUACUCUAUAAGAGAGAGGCGUUAUCCUCCUUUGAAAACGAGGAGUGGCAGAGAGUAGUAUCAACCUUGGAACCUGGUGACAAAGUGGAGAUUGCUGUUGUUUUCGGGAGCAGUUUCUUUGUGAUGAAGACUGCAGUUUAUCUCAUAUAUGAUGAACCAAUAGGCAAAAAAUUGGAGCGAUGUCAUGCACCAGAUAAGAAUGUUCUUGUUGGUAGUGGUGAUGAAAAUGAACGCACUGUCAAGAGGAUCUCUCCUCAAGUAGAGCCUGAGUAUGAUUUUAAACAAGAACAGAAGAGAAGAAAACUUGACUGAAGCGGGGUAUUGCUGGUUGUGGCAGAUUGAUGAAUUAUGUGAGUUUCCACUGUCAAGAGGAUCUCUCCUCAAGUAGAAGCCUGUUUGAUAUCAGUUACUAUUAAAUCUUUGAAGGAAGUCAUAUGAAAAGUCUAACAAUAUGUUCCAGAACUGUUUCAGAGACACACUAGCCCGAUGUUGAGGAUAUAAGUUUGUUGUUCCGCUUCUUCCUUACUUCAGCUUGACUGGAUUCGUUACUGCGGGUUUUCCCUUUCUUGGUAGUGCAUCUUCAUCAUUAGUUACACUAAACCUGUCUUGUUAAAACCUCGAGAACAUUGAAUAGAAAGAACCAUUGUCCAUUGCACAUGUACACAUACUUAUCAUAUUACCAAAGUUUUAAAUUGUAGUCCGGUUUUAAAGUGUAGUCCGUGACUGCGGUUGAAACUUUAAAGUCAAGAGUUUUGGGUACCUCUGACUAAUUUCCCUCAACAAAUUAUAGUUCAAUUGCCUCAAGGCCUCAUCUGUGUCCACUAAUUCAACUGCUAUUGCAUCCACUCCGGUCUCUCCCUGCGAGAAUUGAAUUAAAGGAGGAUGCUUCCUUCCGUGUGGAAAUAUGGUAGGUAUAUUUAUACCACAAUUCCGCCCAAGAAACCCAGUAACUCCAAUUCUUGGGAUGCUUUGCAGCAAAGCUUCGUAAAUAAGCCUCAAGACACCAAUUAACUACCUCUGUUUGACCAUUGCCUAACUUAAGAAAACUUAGCUAUUCUUAAUGUCAACAAUCAUAACAAUUGAUAAAGAACUCAACGAUUAUGGAUCGUUAACCUUCAACUCAUUGCCUCCAAAAUAACUUUUCUUGUAAAAUUCAGACCCUAAUGAUAAUUAAAUUUGUGUGAGAUAUUUAGCUCCCAAAUAGUUGGAUUUAUCACUUGUAUCUUAGGUAUUUAGAUUAAUUUUUAUAUAUUUUUAACUGGUUAUGUUUAGUAAUGAGUACACUAGGUGCUCCACGUUUUAGUUUUACUUUGUUUUUUUGUUUUUAGUGUGUGUUUAGCACAUAUAACGAGCAUUGUCUCAAAACUUAUGUGAGAUCAAUUUUCAUAUAGAUUUUUAGCUCUCAAAUAGUUAGAUUCAUCCCUUAUAUCUCAGGUAUUUAGAUUGAUUUUUAUAUAUUUUUAAGUUGUUAUGUUUAGUAAUGAGCUCACUAGGUGCUCCACGUUUUAGUUUUACUUUGUUUUUACUGUGCGUGUUUAGCACAUAUGACGAGCAUUGUCAUGACACUUAUGUGAGACCAAUUCCCAACGGGUUUUGAGCCAUAAGAAAUUGGUUAUGAUUGUGACUUAAAGAUUGACACUGAUUUCAAGAAGAUUCUAGAAGAAGAAAUUAGGGUUUAGCACAUUAAUGGAUAAGGGUGAGCAAAAUCUACCAAAAACUGAAAAAGCAACUACAAAAGUGUUAAAGGAUCAUGUGUUACUCUCAUGUGCGAUGUGCAUUACUAAUACAUGUACUAGCAAAAGGGAAUUGCAAAAGCCUAUGGGCCAAAAAGGAAGACAUAUUGUAAUUGACAUAACCUUUAAUAAGCAUAUAUGCAAUGUAAGUGAAAACAAGUUGGAAGAAUUUUGCUGAGAAGAAGGAAGAACCAGAGUCCCAAAUUACAUAUCAUAUUAUGCUCUCGUCAAUUUUAAAAGGAAUAAAACAUUGAGAGACAUGUCAACUGGGGACAUUUGUUGUUGACAAACUAUAAGUGGUUGAAGUACUUUUCUUAAGUUUAUCAUUUUUAUUCUCUUUGUUUAUGAAUGUACAUUUACAAUUCCCAUUAUGUUGUAUUUGCUUUGCUUAAUUUGAACAAAACCUCAUUUAUUGAAUAAUGUGAAGUUUAACGAAAUAUUAAUCUUUUGAAUGAAAUGAAUGUGUUAUUGUGAUA